AUGUCAUAUCUACCACCCAUCAGUACGCUCUGGGACCACGCAUCACAUCCAUCUAAACGAGCAUGGUCUCGCUCACCCUCUCCCGAACCAGCCCACCAUGGCCCUGCAAAUACUCAAACAGGACACAGCGCGCAGCUCGCACCAGCACGGCAAGCCGCUGUGCAACGUAGGCUUGUACGUCAAUCCACACGAGGCGACCACCUUCCCAUGCGAACCAAGAGCGCAGAGCAGGCACGACUCCUUCGAGCACUCAAGGGCUACCCUCCUAUCGGCAGUUCAGCCGACGCUGAUCAGCUCAGCGACUUGGAAGAAUCGAUCGAAGUGGGCAAAUACCAAAUGGUCCGAUUCGGCGAACGGUACAUCGUUCAAAUCGGCAGGCGGCGGACGAUGCGCGAAGAGGAGCUCUCGAAUGAGGAGGAUGACGGGAGGAGAGCGGCACUGUCUGCUGUCGAUGCUGGAGUGUCGAUAGACCCAGAAGGGGCUGUACUGGUAGCAGAAGAAGGCGGCUCUGUGCUGGGUGACAAUGAAGGUGGCGCUGGACCGUUUAUAGGCGGUCACACUGGGCACACGCAAGCGGAACUUCAACAGAGACAGGUGGCAGAAGCGGAAAGAAGAGCGAGAGAUGCAGAGGCGGAAGCGAAUAGAGCAGCGGCAGUAGCAGAAGCGGCACGAAGUCAAGCUGAGAGGCAGGCUGCGUUUCAGGAAGAGGAGGAUGCAGUUGAUCUGGAUGGUGACAUCGAGGACUUGGACGAAGGUGAUGACGACGUCGACUUUGAUUAG